AUGGGAAAUAAACUUGCGUGCGGAGAAAUAAAGAAGGACGGUGUGAGGGGAUUAAAAAAUGCAUAUAAUUUAGAAUUGCAUAAGUCUAAUAUUUGUGUAGAAGAUAAUACAAGGUGUGACAAUAAAUAUGAUGAAGAGAAUUAUUUUUAUCGUUAUGAAAACGAAAUGGAUGUAGAAGAAGAAGACAAAAGAGAAUAUAGUGAAGAUGAAAUAAAGGAAGAAGAUAAAAAUGUUGUUGAUAAUAAUAAUUAUGAUGAUAUUUAUAAUUACCAUAAUGAUAUUAAUAAUAAAAAUAAGGUAAGUAAAAAAAUAGAGAAUGAUAAUAUGUAUAAAAAGUAUAUAAUAAAUGUUAAAAGGAUAUUAAUGUAUAUUAAAGAAUAUGAAGAGGAUUUUUUAUGUUUCUUCAAAAAAAAUAAUGUAACAAGUAUGAUAUAUUUAAAAUACAUUGUAUUAAACUAUAAGACAUAUAUUAUGAUAAUCGAAAAGGGUGUUAUAUAUAUAGGAGAGGUGAAUGAAAAUAAUGAGAAAAAUGGUUUAGGAAUAAUAAUAACACCUGAUCAAUGUAUAUAUAUUGGUGAGUUUGAAGAAGAUAAGAUAACAGGAUUUGGAUUAUAUAUACAUUCAUCUAGAAGUAAAUAUAUAGGUUAUUGGAAGAGAGGAAAAGCAAAUAGAUAUGGUAUAUUUAUACAUCCUGAUAGUACUUUUUAUAAAGGUUAUUGGUUGAAUGAUAAACAAAAUAAAAAUGGUAUUGAAUAUGUAUAUAAUAAUUAUGUUUAUAUUGGUAAUUAUUUUAAAGGUGAAAAGAAUAAAUUCGGUAUUUUUGUAUGGAAUAAUGAAUGUAUGUAUAUUGGGCAAAUAAAAGAUAAUUAUUUUUUUAAUAGAGGUAUAUAUUUUUUUAAUAAAUAUAAAAUAUAUAUAGGUAAAUGGAAAUCAAAUUGUGUAUAUGGGAAAUGUGAAAUAAUUUGGAAUGAUAAUAGACAAUUUUUUGGAUAUCAUAUAAAUAAUUUAAAACAAGGAUUAGGUAUAUAUAAAUGGGAUGAUGGACGAAUUUAUUUUGGUAACUGGUUAAAUAAUAAACAACAUGGAUCUGGUAUAUUUAUUAUAAUUAAAAACUUUAAAGAAUAUCAACAAUAUAUACAAUAUCCUAUUUUUCUUUUAUUUAAAAAUACAGAAAAAAUAAAAAAAAAUUUCCUUCUUAAUCUAUCAAAAGAAAAUAUAUUUUAUAAAGGAAAUAUUGGUAAAUAUUUUCAUAACCUUUUAAAUAAAUAUGAUAAUUAUAAUUUUUACAACUUCUUAUUUAAUUUGUUAUAUAUUAAUUUUUAUGAAUUAUGUUCUUCAUUCUUUGAUUAUAUAAAGAAAAAAAAUAUAAAUGAUUUUAAGACCAAUCAUAAUUUCUAUAAUACAAUCAAAGACCAUAUAUGUCUAGUAACAGAUCAUUAUUUUAAUAAUCAAAUUUGUAAUCAGAAAAUGGCCCAAGCCCAAUCUACCUUUUCUUUUCUGGCAGAUAUAAAAAAAAAAAAUCCCGAAAGGAAUACAAAUAUAAAAAAUAUUAAUAUUAUUAAUAAUAAUAAUAAUAAUAUUAAUAAUAAUAAUAAUAAUAAUAAUACUAAUAAUAAUAUUAAUAAUGUGGAUGCUUAUCAAACAAGUCAUUCUCCGAAUAAUAUAAAAAUGAAGAACAACAAAGAAAAUGCAAUGCUGCUUCAUAGGUUUAAUGAUCAAAAAAAUAAUAAAUUUCGUAAUAACAUGAAAGGAUCUGAUAAUGAAGAAAUAAUCGUUGAUAAAAAAAAAUAUGAAAAUAAUAAUAAUUAUUUAAAAAGUUAUAUAAAUUAUGAAGGUCCAAAACAUAACCAAAUGAGUAGCCUUACCCAUGAACAAAUAAAUAGGACAUCCGAUUUAUUAGCAUUCCAAGAUAUACAACGUUUAAUACUUUAUAUAAAUUCAAUAAAUUUAAAUGAUAUGAGUGAAAAGGACAUAAAUAAGAAUAACCCAUUAUUUUCUUAUGCUUCUAAAAAUAUUCUUUUGAAAUAUGGUAAAUGGAAAAAAGGGAGGCUCAAAAAAUGGUUGUAUGCUAGUGAUGAUAGCUUGGGUGUUGUUAAUAUGGAUCCAAUAAAUAAUGAUAAGAAUGUUUUAAUAUAUAACGGACAGAAUAAAUCUUUGCCAUCAUUUUGGAGGAAUAAAGAUGGCAGAAUGAAACUUUCUUUUUUUAACAUAAAAGCGGAAGAUAAUAGUAAUAAUAAUAUGAAUAGUAAUCAUAACGAUAAUUUUAAUAGUAACAGUAAUAGUAAUAAUAGUAGUUCUAUUAGUAGUAAUAAUAGUAGUUCUAUUAGUAGUAAUAAUAGUAGUUCUAUUAGUAGUAAUCAUAAUAGUUACUCUUCCUCAUCCCUUUCGUCAUCCUCCACAAAUAGCAUAUACAAAACAAAGAAAAAAAAAAAAAAAAUAAUAAAAAAAAAAAAAAAAAUUAACCAACAAAUAUAUAACCCAGCACAUCAAGUUGAAAAGGAUAUAAAAGCUAAGGAGCUAAUUCCUCCAAGCAGUAAUAAUAAAUAUAUAUAUGAACAUAAUGAAAAAAAAGAUAUAUCAUAUGAUAAUGAUCACUAUUGUUAUCAUAGUGAUGAAGAUGAGAAUAUAUAUUUGCAUGAUGAAGAAAAAAAAAAUAUUCAUGUACCUUAUAAUACAAACAAGAUAAAAAAUGAAAAUAUAGAAAAAUAUAUAAAACCACAAGUAAUAAAUCAUAAAUUUAGUAAUGAUUAUAAUUUCAAACAACACCAUUUAUCAUUUAUCCACAAUAUAAAGGAAUAUAAUGAUAUACAACUAAAUGAGAAAAAAAAUACAAAAAAAAUAAAAAAAAAUGGGGAACAAAAAAAAAAAUUAAAGAAUAAGUUGAACAAUUAUAAAUAUUCAUACAAUACAACUAGUAUGAGUGAUUGUAUUUCAAACAAAUCAAACCAUUCUAUAUCUUUUUUGAAUGCUAGUGUGAAUAGUGAUAUACAAUCCUUAGAAGAUAAAAGAAAAGAUAAUACAUAUAACAAUACUGGGAAGUAUCUAAACAAUAAACAUAUCGUAACAGAUAUUUCUUAUAAGGAUAUACAAAGAAAAAAUAAAGAACAGACUGAAAUCAGGUAUGUUAAUAAUAUCAUGAAGGAAAAUAAAAAAGAACAAAAUGAUGAUGAAGAAAUAAACAGGGUGGAAAAUAUAAAUAGCAAAGAAAAUAUAAACAUAUUAAAACAACAUAUAAAUACAAAACAAAAUAUAAAACAAAAUAUAAAACAAAAUAAUAAGAACGAAGAAAUGAAUAUGUAUGCACUCAGUGGUGAUAGCAAUAUGACAUAUGUCAACUUGGAUGAUAUUAAAAAAAAAAAUAAACAAAAUAUGAUAAUAAAAAAAAAAGGAAUUAUAAGACAAAACAAAAUGAAUAAAAAGGAAACAAUCUCAAAUGAAAGUGUUAUAAAUAAAAAAAUGGAGACAGAUAAAAGAAAUUCAGAAAAUUCAAAAAAUUCAAAAAAUUCAGAAAAUUCAAAAAAUUUAAGAAAUACAAAAAAUACAAAGAAUAAAAAAAAUUCUACUUUACCAUAUAAAUAUAAAAAUUAUGAUUUACCAAAAAAGGGUUUCUCAUUAAUAUGGAGUCUUAAAAAAAGUAGGAGAAAUUCACCUUUAUCUACAAAAGAAAAAAUUAUGUAUCAGAAUGAUGAUCAAAGUUGUGAUAAUCAUUAUGAUAAAAAAUAUGUUCAAAAUGAUCAACUAACAGAUACGCAACAAAAAAAAAAAUCCUUUUUUAGAAACUUUCUAAGUGUUAACAAAAACAAAAAAAAAAACACGAAUUAA